ACAGAUGUGGUGUGGCUGUAUUGAUAUAUGAUUCUUGCGCAUGCGUGAUAGAAAUCAGAAAAAUCAACAGGCAAGAAAAUGCAGACCUUAGAAUGAAGAGACUAAAGUCUAAAGCAGUUGCUUUCACAAAAAAGAAGAAUCAUGCUGUCUUGGAAAAAAGGAAAUUUCUGGAAGCAAUUGCUCAACCUGUACUAAAUGAAGAGCUUAAGGUUAAAGUCCUGCAUGCUGCGUGUAGCUAUGACAGAUUAGAUGUCGCUGAAAAACUUAGCAACAAUCAGGCUAAUAUUAUAAAUGAAGUCGACGAGACUGGAAAAAGUGCAAUUUUUUAUGCUGUUGAAGGUGGCUCAACUGAUUGCUUUAACUUUUUACUGAGCAGUGAAGUUGAGUUAAAUCAUGUGGAUAAUUCUGGUAGUUCUGUUCUUGUAUAUGGAAUCUCCUUGAACAAUUUCAACAUUGUUGACAAGUUGAUAAGAACAGGAAAGUUCAGCACAGAGGUAUUAAAACAUGCAAUUCGUUAUAUUAUCGAUGCAAAGAAAAGUGAAGCCCUAGCUAUUCUUGCAGACUAUGAUGUAAUCGAUUUAAAAGAAUUUGCAGGAGAAGUGAAUUUUACAGACAAAAAGCAGUACUCACCAUUACAUUAUGCAGCUAAAAGAGGAUUUGCAAAAGCUGUUUCAAAGCUACUGUACGCAGGAAGCAAGUUAACAUUUAGAAAUACAAAAGACACUCCGAUUGGCUUAGCAUUAGCGCAUGCCCAGUAUGAUGUUGCGUGUAUUUUAUUACGCUUUGGAAGUAUACCUGAAAUAGACGAGAAAUCGCUGUCGUGGCAGUGGAUGGUGUUAGUCAAAACAGAUGAAUCGUCGGCCUGUAAAAGCAUAACUGGAGAUGAUUUCCAACACCUGUUAAAAUACUUAAAGUUGAUCAACACACACGCCAACCGUGAGAGGGAUAUCCAUAUCUUUUGUCGGAACUACCACAGCCAGUUGGAAUUACUGGACCCUUUCUGCUCCAAUCAAGUUCUCGGUUUGAUGCUUUUUAAUUGUACGAUUAAACAUAUACCAAAAUUUGAAAGUCUUGAGUGCUUAUGUUUGAAUAGCUGUACUGUUGAUAGCUACGAGAAUAUAGGCUGUUUGCAGCACUUGAAGAUAUUGAACAUUUGUAACAAUGAUUUGCUGCAAUUGCCAGAAGCAGUGAAAGAGUUGAAGCAAUUGGAAUAUCUGGAAGUCUCGUAUAACAAAAAGUUAACCAAGCUUCCUGAAUGGAUUAUACAGUUGAGCCGACUUCGCGUGUUGGCGAUUCAAGAAAAUAACAUCACAGAACUGCCCGAUCUAUUACCAAACAUGCUUGAAGUUUUGUUCAUAGAAAACAAUUGCAUUCAAAAAUUAUCUCCCUUGUUAGCCCGGUUGGAAUGUCUUUCUUAUAUAUCUUUGCGUGGGAAUCUCUUACUGUUUCCUGAAGUGUCUAUCGCGAAAAGCAAAACGAAAGUAUUACUGCAGUACCUACACGCGUUUUUAUCAGACACUGUGCCGAAUAAUACCGUCAAAGUCUCUUUAGUGGGGAAAGAAACAGCAGGCAAAACAACUCUAACUGCUAGUUUGAAAUCCCAAAAUGGAAUUUGUGAAAAUACUAGCAGUAUUAAAAAAACUGACGGAUUGGAUAUUUUAGAUCUGUCCAUCGGGGACAUUAGAUUGAGAAUGUUCGAUUUAGCUGGAGAUAUUGAUUACAUUGAAACUCAUUCCAUGUUCAUCUCAGAAGGUACACUCUUCCUCGCUGUGUUCGAUGUUAGAACGUACUCCUUCGCUACCUCCUAUACGAAUGUUCUUGCGCGGUUAGAAACAUGGCUGACUUCCAUUUUUUCGCAAGCUCCAAAUUCUAGAGUUAUUAUCGUUGGAACUCAUUGCGAUGCGGAAAUGAUCAGUGAAUCAUUCCUCGACAACGUUUGGAAACAGGUCCAGUCCACGCUUCAAAUGGCUGCAGAAAAACACGUAGCUGAUUUUGGUAAUGCCCCACUGCACAGUUGUUUACUCUGUAAUAAUCUGGAGAAUGUGAGCCGACAAUCAACUAAUGGCAUUGCUGGGUAUGUUGUAGCUACACCCAGUAGGACAAACUCAGUCUGUGAAUUGGAUGGAAAUGGCAACUUAGGACUCAGUUUUCCACACGUGUUAGGGUACUACGAGGUAAGCAAUGUUAAUCAAGUACCCAAGCAGUUGUUUAGUAAUUUGAAUUUAUCCAUUGAUCAGCUGAGAAAAGGUGUUCGCAACGCAUGCGCAGAUAUGCUGACCCUUCGACCUUCCAUUCCUCGCAAGUGGUUUAACUUACAGCAAGUGUUAUUGAAACACGUCGAAGAUCAGUACCCCAUAAUACGAUAUCAGAGGUUUGCUGAACUGGCUGCUAAAUGCGGCUUUGAGAAUGAUGACGAAGAACCCUUCUUACGUCAUUUUCAUUCGUGCGGAGAAAUAUUGUAUUAUUUUGAAAUUGAAGAAUUAUGUGACGUGAUUAUAUUAGAUCCGCAGUGGCUGAGUAACCAACUUCGAACUGUAGUGAGUUAUCGAAACAUUGAAGUUUUAAACGACGGAACCAUAAAACACGCGGAACUUGAACAUUUGUGGAGCCACCUUGAAUUGGAAUAUCGAGACAAACUUUUGUCUCUUUUCAGACAAGCAGGUAUAUUCAUACCCUUCAAUGAUGAUUCAGAUUUAAUUCCGUGUCGCUUACCCGUUGGUCGACCUUCUGACGAUGUUUGGCCUCGAUGUCCCGAUGAGAAGGAAAAUCAAGUAGAUUAUUAUUUUCAAUUUGAUAACUUGCCUCCAUCAUUUUUUUCAUUCUUGAUUGCACUUGUUGAAAAACAAAGAUGCAACUUUACUGGGAAAAUGCCACCAGUUUAUUAUAGCAACCACAUUGUGUAUAUAACAAAGUCUAAUGGUAUCCCAUGUGAAGUACACACGAUAAAAGAUGAUUCUGUCAACAACACUCAAUGCAGAAGACCGGAAUCAAUAACAAAUGGUUUAAGCUUUUUAAGAUUCCUCUCCGUCGAGCCUGGUUCCAUUGAUAACUUGUUGGACAGCGGUAGAAAUUCUACCAAAAUUCAAGUUGGCACGGAAUACAAUAACAAUUCCCUUUCAAUUGAUUACAAACACGAAAAGAGAACCCGCCAUCGAGUUCAUUUCGAGUUGCUGCCACAUUUAAAAGCUAUAACUCUGAGUAUACGUGGUCCUCGCCCAUGCUGUUUAGCUCCACAAACCAUCGACAUGCUGAAUAGAAUAAUUUUAACCAGGUAUGAAGGGAUACGCAUGAAGUUUUAUAUUCUCUGUUCAAUGUGUAUUCGAAAGUCGCUCAAUAAUCCUUCUAAAUUUACGUUAGACGACAUGGAACGUAACGAGCCAAUAUGCGAAAAGGGUCAUGAUUUAGUAAAUUGGAAUGCCGUGCUGAUCGGUAAAUGCGAUUACACGAACGAAUUAACCACUGAAAAAAUCAUGCGUAGCUUAACGGACAACGAUUGUCCCAAACUGUUUGUCAUGGUGCCUGUCAAUCUACACAGCCUUGGAUUGAAAGAAUUUUAUACUCUAACCUAUUUAAAAGAAGGUUAUUCUGUUCACCUGCUGUGCGAAUACCCCAACUGUUGGCAUUUCCUGUCCGCCCCAGGUUACCGUCUAAACCGUCCCAAAGAUUUCUUUAAGAAGUAUGGUCGUCGAUUACGUACUGUACUACGCGUGUUAGCCUCCUUGGAAACACCAACGCGCCUAGCUUCGUCUGUUUUUGAACCUUUAUGUAACUUUGCUGACUGUCUAGCCUCACUUAGGAAGCUUUCAGAUGAUUUGAAUGUGCAUUUAACCGAUUUCCAGGAUGACUGGAGUUUUAAAAAUGUUUCUGAAGAUCUCCAGUAUUUGAAAGGGAGUGAAGGUCUUCAGAGAAGGGAGCUUCGUAGAUUUUUGAACAAAGCAGACGAGGAAAACCGGUUUGGAGAUUUAAUCCCUACAUUUGUUGGAAAAGACUUACUUUGGGUGUGUGAAGAGCACUAUAAAUUAGAGAAAGUCCAUUAGAAUUGUUUCUGUACUAUCUAAUCCGUCGAAAGGAAAGGUAGGGAAAAAUAAUGCGAUUCCAGUUUGCGGCUUGUAUUAACAUGAGAGUAUUUUUAAAAAAUUGAUUUGUUCCGUACAUUAAAUAAAACUGGUAUCAAAGUUGAUGUUAUAAUGAGAACGAUAUGUAGAACGUUGACUAACCUCUUACCCAAAGAAAGCACGCUGAUCGAUUGCUUCAGAUAUGAAAGGUGAAGGCACGUAGCAGAUGCCAGUAUGCGUGGUUACACUUGUUAAAUAUAAUAUAAAAAAAGAACCAAUAACGAUUACAAUGUGUCGUUUAACCACGGAUGAUUUUAUCGUGUUCUGGAUACGACACAACUUUAAUACGACGUUUUCAGAAAUACUUUUCUGGCUGUAGAUUACAACAGUCCAUGGACUGUUGUACCCUUUUCCACCGUUGGGCAUGGAGUGUUGUACCCUUGGUUUCAUCACGAAAUGCCAUACCUGUGUUUUGUUCGGUUUUUGCUUGUGGUCACGUGAAACUAUUCAAAGGAAAAUAUCGUUUUUUAAUUUUUUAUAUUUUAAGGGAGGUCAUUUUUUAAUUAGGCGGCUUUCAAGCCAAUAUGUGAAAUUCCUUUAAAACAUCUCGAAGUAAAUGUUUUUUUUUAACUUUACCAAAACAAUUUUAUAAAAAUGUUGUCUUUAAUUUCUGGCAAAAAUUGUACGUUGUCGCAAGACAAGGAUAAAGUUUAAAAAAAAUAACAUUGUUUCCCUUCAAGCUAGAGGCGGAAAACUUUUCCAUUCGUGUAAUUUUUAGAUGUUACAUUAGGCUAUAAAUAAGUAACUCAUUAUUUAUAUUUAGCGCGAGAAAAAAUUCAAUAUUCCGUAUGCUUGCCGUUUUGAGUCAUGUUUUUUUUUUUUUUUUACAAAAAAAAAUUAUUUUUGGUUUCAUAAAUUUUUUAUAUAUUUUAGUAUUGUUGUGUUGCAAGAAUGUAUAUUAUUAUAUUUUUAAUGAAUACGAUUUGUGUUUUAACAACCCUGAUAUUCAUAGUCGCCUAAAUUUAGUAUCACUCUUUUGAAAACACUUCUCCACAAAAAAAUGCAGCAUUACGAAACCUUAGCAUUAUUUCUACAUAUUUUUACAUCUGUACGUAGUGUGGUGGAUCGGUGAAAGAGUAUAUUCUGUUUUUGGCGGUUAAGUUUUUCAUAUUUUUAAUUAUUUGUUUUAGAAGUAUUUUUGCUACGUCUUGCUUAAAUUAAUAGUAAAA